AUGGAACAUCACCAGUGUCCAGAGUGUGGUAAAACAUUUAGCAAUAUUGGAAGCAUGAAGCGGCACAUGACAGCGCAUAAUGGGGGAAAGUCUCAUGAGUGUCCAGAGUGUGGAAAAACAUUCAGACAACUUCAACAUAUGAAAACUCACAGGAUAGUGCAUACAGGGGAAAAACCUCACAAGUGUCCAGAGUGUGGGAAAACAUUCAGCCAUCUUGCAAGUAAAAAGAGGCACAUGGCUGUGCAUACGGGUGAUAAACCUCACGAGUGCCCAGAGUGUGGGAAAACAUUCAGACAGCUUGAACAUAUGAAGAAUCACAGGAUGGGGCAUACGGAUCUUAGACCUCAUGAGUGUCCAGUGUGUGGGAAAGCAUUUAGUUAUCUUGCAAGUAUGAAAAGGCACAUAAUGGUGCAUACUGAUGAUAAACCUCAUGAGUGUCCAGAGUGUGGGAAAACAUUCAGACAGCUUGAACAUAUGAAGAAUCACAGGAUGAUUCAUACGGAUCUCAAACCUCACCAGUGUCCAGAGUGUCAGAAAACAUUUAGUCGCCUUGGGAAUAUGAAGAGGCACAUGAUAGUGCAUAUGGGUGGUAAAUCUCAUGAAUGUUCAGAGUGUGGGAAAACAUUCAAUCAACUUGGAAGUAUGAAGAGGCACAUGAUGGUGCAUAUGGAUAAUAAAUCUCACGAGUGUCCAAAAGGGUGGGAAAAUAUUCAACCAUCUUGGAUUUAUGAAAAUACUCAGGACAGUGCAUAUGGGUGCUAA